AUGGCCGCUGUCUUGCCCCUCUGCGCUUCCAGAGCGCCGGCGGAGUCAAGAAUCCAGAGCAGCUUGACCCGCCGAAGAUGCCCACCGGGUGGUUUCUUCCGGCGGUGCGGUAGCACAGCGAGGAAGAGCUCCGGCCGGCGGGACGACCACCCACCGUCGUCUCGCAGGCUUCUGGUCCUCGCCAAGCCGACGGAGUCAGAGGAGCCGAUGCCUUCCUGGGCCAGAGCGGACUCCGAGGAGCCCCCGCCGUGGGCCCGCGACGACGGCACCACCGGCGGCGCCGCCCCUCAGCAGCCCGCCGAGCUCCCCUUCUACGUCUACCUCCUCUCAUCCGCCAUCACAGCCAUUGCCGCAGUACUCUCUCUCUCUCUCUCUCUCUCGCUGUGUACUUCUCUAUCUAAAGCGGGUGGGCGGAUGGCCAUUGCAGAUCGGUUCAAUCUUCGAGUACGUGAACCAGAACCCGGUCUUCGGGCUGCUCAAGUCCGACAGUGUCUUCUACGCUCCCCUCCUCGGAUUCUUCGUCUUCACCGGGGUACCCCUCUCUGUAAGCCUCUGAAGCUCUUCUUCUUCUUCUCCAUCUUCUUCUUCCUCGAGCUGAUGGGGGAGCUCCAAAACCCUAGGGUUUCCUCUGGUUCAAGUCCGUCCAGGCGGCCAACAAGGAGGCGGAGGAGCAGGACCGGAGAGACGGGUACCGGUAG